UACCAUCACAAACAUUUGACACAUCAUUCUAAAACCAAACCAAAAGUAGUAAUUGAAAGAAGAAAAAAAUAGCCAUGGACAGAGAACAAGAAGAGAUGCAAUUUCUAGGACUCAUUGGAAUCUACAAAGAAUCUAACAAGAUCAUAGUUUCAUGCAGCAAAAUUAUCAGCCAAAUUGCCUUAACUCUCAUCCUCCCUCUCUCCUUCAUCUUCCUUAUCCAUAUAGAUGUAUCCAACAUCCUCUUCAAGAAAAUCAUCAUCAACACACAAGAAAUAAUCGACACACCACAAGGCACACCACAAUACCAAAAACUUUCCGACAUAAUCUCUUCAGAAUGGACCACUUUCCUACUCUUCAAACUCUUUUACUUCACUUGUCUUCUAAUCUUCUCUCUCUUAUCAACCUCUGCAGUAGUCUACACCAUAGCAUCCAUUUACACAGCAAGAGAUGUGAGUUUCAAAACUGUCAUGAGUGUUGUUCCAAGGGUUUGGAAGAGACUCAUGGUCACUUUCAUAUGCACUUUUGUAGCUUUUUUUGUUUACAAUAUUAUGGCAAUACUAGUUUUCAUUAUUUGGGCACUUUUGGUUGGAUAUAACAGUGGUGGUGUUGUGAUACUACUAAUUAUAGGAAUCUUAUACUUUGUUGGGGCUCUAUAUCUUACAAUAGUGUGGCAACUAGCUAGUGUUGUGACUAUUUUAGAAGACUGUUAUGGAGUUGAAGCUAUGAUGAAGAGCAAUGAAUUGAUAAAAGGGAAAAUGGGUUUGUCAAUAGUUAUAUUUUUGGUGCUAAGUGUUUCAAUAUUUGGGAUACAGUUUUUGUUUACAAAGGUUGUUGUGGGAGGUUGGUGGUUGAGUUUGGUUGGGAGAACAGUGUCUGGUAUACUAUGUGUGGUUUUGUUGCCAAAUUUGUUUUUGUUUGGACUUGUUAUACAAACGGUGCUUUAUUUUGUUUGUAAGUCUUAUCAUCAUCAGAGUAUUGAUAAGUCUGCUUUGUCGGAGCAUCUUGAAGUUUAUCAUGGAGAGUAUGAGCCUUUGAAGGAUAAAGAUGUUCAGAUGGAGAAUUAUCAUGUGUGAUGCAGGUAGAAGGAUACAAGGAUUAUUUGUAGCCAUGUGUAAUAUAUUUGCAUUUUUUGUUUGUAAUUGAUGUUAAUUAAUUUUCCCAUGGUAUCUACGUGGCAAAAUUUGUCCAAUAAAAGGGCUAAUCAUCAUAUCCCUAUUUUUCAAGUUGAUGAUUUGGUUGAAAUAGACAAUUAUUUGUUCAA